CUCCUGGUCGCCGGGCCCCUGCCGCCAGCCCGCUGGAUCCCGCCGCUGCCGGAGCCGCAGCGUUUCCCGUCGCAUCUCGGAGCCACCCCUUCCUCCCAUCCCCCUCUCUUCAAGCGUGAGACUCGUGAUCCUUCCGCCGCUUCCCUUCUUCAUUGACUCGGAAAAAAAUCCCCGAGGAAAAUAUAAUAUUCAAAGUACUUAUUUUCAAUCAAGUAUUUGCUCCCGUUUCACGUGAUAUAUAUUUUUAAAGGAUUUCCCCCACCCCAUCCUCCUCUCUCAGGAAAGGGAGGUGAAAGAAUUGUAAUCCCCCCAUUCCAGCCCCAGAUUAUCUAUAUGUUCAAUAUCCGUACCGAUCUGUCUUGAAGGAGAAAUACAUCGCUCGUUUUUUUUUUUUUAAAUAGCUAUACAAAAAAGUGAAAAGCCUGGAGAACGAAGUCUUUUUCUUUUUCUUUUCUUUUUCUUGUGAGAGAACUUAAUGCUGCAUUUAUCAUUAACCUAACACCCUAACAUAAAACAAAAGGAAGAAAAGGAGGAAGGAAGGAAAAGGUGAUUCGGGAAGAGAGAUCAUGUCAGGGCGGCCCAGAACCACCUCCUUUGCGGAGAGCUGCAAGCCAGUGCAGCAGCCUUCAGCCUUUGGCAGCAUGAAAGUUAGCAGAGACAAGGAUGGCAGCAAGGUGACCACAGUGGUGGCAACUCCCGGGCAGGGUCCAGACAGGCCACAAGAAGUCAGCUAUACAGACACUAAAGUGAUCGGAAAUGGGUCAUUUGGUGUGGUAUAUCAAGCCAAACUUUGUGAUUCAGGAGAACUGGUUGCCAUCAAAAAAGUAUUGCAGGACAAGAGAUUUAAGAAUCGAGAACUCCAGAUCAUGAGAAAGCUAGAUCACUGUAACAUAGUCCGAUUGCGUUAUUUCUUCUACUCAAGUGGUGAGAAGAAAGAUGAGGUCUACCUUAAUCUGGUGCUGGACUAUGUUCCGGAAACAGUAUACAGAGUUGCCAGACACUAUAGUAGAGCCAAACAGACUCUCCCUGUGAUCUACGUCAAGUUGUAUAUGUAUCAACUGUUCAGAAGUUUAGCCUACAUCCAUUCCUUUGGAAUCUGCCACCGGGAUAUUAAACCACAGAACCUCUUGUUGGAUCCUGAUACAGCUGUCUUAAAACUCUGUGAUUUUGGAAGUGCAAAGCAGCUGGUCCGAGGAGAACCGAAUGUUUCAUAUAUUUGUUCUCGGUACUAUAGGGCACCAGAGUUGAUCUUUGGAGCCACUGAUUAUACCUCUAGUAUAGAUGUAUGGUCUGCAGGCUGUGUGUUGGCUGAGCUGUUGCUAGGACAACCAAUAUUUCCAGGGGACAGUGGUGUGGAUCAGUUGGUAGAAAUAAUCAAGGUCCUGGGAACACCAACAAGGGAGCAAAUUAGAGAAAUGAACCCAAAUUAUACAGAAUUCAAAUUCCCUCAAAUUAAGGCACAUCCAUGGACAAAGGAUUCGUCAGGAACAGGACAUUUCACCUCAGGAGUGCGGGUCUUCCGACCCCGAACUCCACCGGAGGCAAUUGCAUUGUGUAGCCGUCUGCUGGAGUAUACACCAACUGCCCGAUUGACACCACUGGAAGCUUGUGCACAUUCAUUUUUUGAUGAACUGAGGGACCCAAAUGUCAAACUACCAAAUGGGCGAGACACACCUGCACUCUUCAACUUCACCACCCAAGAACUGUCAAGUAAUCCACCUUUGGCUACCAUCCUUAUUCCUCCUCAUGCCCGAAUUCAAGCAGCUGCUUCCACCCCUACAAAUGCCACAGCAGCCUCAGAUGCUAAUGCUGGAGACCGUGGACAGACCAAUAAUGCUGCUUCUGCGUCAGCUUCCAACUCCACCUGAACAGUCCCAAGCAGUCAGCUGCACAGGAAAAACCACCAGUACUUGAGUGUCACUCAGCAACACUGGUCACGUUUGGAAAGAAAAUUAAAAAGAGAAAAAAAAAAAAAACUGUUCAUUUUAGUGUUCAAUUUUUUUUAUUAUUAUUGUUGUUCUUAUUUAACCUUGUAAGAUAUCUAUAAAUACAAAACAAUUUCAUUGUAUUCUCACUUUGCGGGAGACCCAGAGGGUGGGAGGGGUAAUGGGAGGGGGAAAGCGGAGCACUAGAAGACACAAUCUCUCUCCCACGACAAUCUUUUUUUUUUUUUUAAUCAAAAGUCUGCUGUUGUACACUUUAAAAACAGGACUCCUGCCUCAUGCCCCUUCCACAAGAGAAGAAACCUUGUUCUGUACUGAAGUAUUUGUUUUGUUUUGUUUGAACUUUGUUUUCUUUUCAAGUCUAGUGUCAGACUUUGGCAUAGUGCACAGCUUGAAAUUGGUUGGGAGCUUAGCAGGUAUAACUCAACAGGGGCUUACAUGUCACUUGUAAAAUUAAUCCAUAUCCUCGGGUAUUUGAAGACUUGGCUUUGGCAUGUUGGUGGCAGGUGUGGCAGACAAAAAAGGAAAUGUGUAUCAUUUGUAACCAAGGUAGGUCAAUAAAGUUUGAAGCUGUAAGGGGGAGAUACUGAAUUGAUUGGUUAAGUUUGGUUUUGUUCUUAGUCAGUACUACUGGUGAGAAAGCUGGUAAAGCAGGCUCCCAAAGGGGAGCAGCAAGCAGAACUCUAGUUCCAUAAUGGGGUUUUGUUUUUGUUUUUGUUUUGCCUUACCAAAGGUUCUCUGCAAAUCUUUGUACAGUUUUAAAUUAGUGACCUAGAAGGGGAUUGGAAAGGUUGUUGAACAGGCUAUACUGGCUGCACAGGUCAAAGGCACCUGGUGAGACUAGAGGAAGGACACAGGCUGGGGCAGAUCUCACCACUGUGAAUGAAUUCGUCCAGAUUUUUUUCUAAAGUUACUUCCCUUGGAAAGAUAUAUUUAAGAGAGGACAUUAUAGUUAAGUAAUGUGAACUGUAACAGUCUACUGCUUUAUUUUUCAUCUUUCUAAUAGAAAAACAAGGUUUUAGGAAUUGCCACCUUCUACACAUAGUUAUUUUAAAUCCAAAUCUAGACUCUAUUUAAUUUUAGCUUUUUUAACCUCAUGCUUUUAAAAUUUAUUUAUUGAUGCAUGCCCAAUAGGCCAUUAUGAUUUUAGGUGGUAGGAAUAUUAAAAACUACCUAUCAAAAUUAUAUAGUCACCUGUACGUACCUGCUGACUUCAUAGGGAAACUGAUGCUAUAAAUGUGUGUAUAUAGUUAUAUAUACAGAUACUCAAUACUGCCUUUUCUUUUUUGUCUCCAGUAUCAAAAUUGACUGGUUGAAGCAUGAAAAGAAUGUUUCCCCACACACACCCAGUUAAGAGUUUUGUUUCUAUUUUCUUUAUCAGUGAAUGGUGUAAGAAUCAGUCUAUUGUUUUGGGGGAAAAAAAAAAGCAAUAUUCCUUGGAAAGCAAGGAAGAUUGAAGAAUUAUGUUUGCAGUAAAGAGAUAGAUUUUCACAACUACUUUGUUUUAUACUUUUAAGGUUGGUAUCUAUGUGGGCCUUAUAUACUCUAAAAUGAACCUUAGUCACCUUGGUGCUUAUGGGCCAUUACUUGACCUAUGAAUCUUUAAGGCACAAUCAGUUAUAUUUUACAUUUAAAAGAUCACUUGAGUGAUGGCCACUUUUUCCUCCUGCCCUCUCCUUCCCCACACACCUUCCAAGGUUAGCUGAUAAUUGUAGGGCUGCAGAGCUGAACCCUAGAUUGUGUGUAAUCUCCUUUACCCUCCUCAUUGCCACUUAGGUCAUGUUGGGGUCUCGCCCUCCAGGUGGUUAGGAAGUGGAGUCUCUUGGCAGCCCAUGUGCAGGCCCUGAACCCUGUCCUGCUUCUUGACUUUGUGUGCAACUCUCCAAGAGAGUUAUGCUGCCUGCUGAAGUGAAUUGACACCCAGAAAGACAACUGUGAGCCAUCUUAGUGUUCACUCACUGUUUAGCUAAGCUCUUGGGCCACAAAAGGGGUUUCUUAAACCUCUUGUUCUAUCAGAGUUCAUGAGAAAAGAUAAUGUUCAGUCAAACCAAAUAAAAUAGUGAAUUUCGCUUUUUAUAAAGUGCUUCUGAGAGCUAGUUAAGAUUGAAAAAAAUCUGAAAGUAUUUGGCAGCAUAGUUUCUUAAAGGAACUAUAGACCAUUACAGAAAGGAUUUAUAAAGAAUCUGAACAGGUAGGUCUGUGACAGAGAAAUGGACCUGUUUUCAGAUCAAACUGCCCAGUCAGACGUUUGGAUACGAACACUAUUCUGGACUUGGUAUACUUGCUGGAGUCCAUAAAAAUCAGUACUUAUUUUAGGAAACACUUUUCCCCCCAUAAAUGGGGUAAGAGAAGAAGAGAGAAAAGUCAGAUGCUUUUCUCUCACUUUAGUGUGUGUGUGUGUGUGUGUGUGUGUGUGUGUGUGUGCGCGUGCACGUGCACCGGGGUGCAUGAUUUUUCUUUCUCACGGAUCAUGGCGGGAUCACAGAACUCUUUUAUACAAGUGAGAUCCAGGUCUCUGGAUAUCUUUUUGUAAAUAUAAUAAUAAUAAUUAAAAGCUCCUCACCAAAUUCAAGCUUGUACAUUAUAUUUUCUUUCAGUGUUCUUAAAUUUAAGUUUUAUUGUUUUGUAUGUAAAUAUGUGGACCCAGGAACUGUUAUUAAUGAGCAAAAAGUUACUGUUCAGGGCAGUGAUUCUGUUUAAUAAUCAGACAAAAUGUAGACGAGCUUUUUAAAGCCAUAUAGUUUUAACUCUGUACAGUAGGUACUGGCCUGUAUUAUUGUAACAAUAACUCUAGCAAUGUAUAGUGUAUCUAUAUAGUUUGGAGUGCCUUCGCUUCCAUGUGUUUGGUUUUUUUGUUUGUUUUUAUUUUUAUUUUUCAUUUAAAAAAUUUUAUUUGGUUUCCUUUAUCCACGUCUCCCUGUCCAUCCCCUUUCCCUUUGAAAUAAUAUAACUCACAACAGUAUCUUUGCCCCCUCCACAAUUAAGUUUCGGUGAUACACCAUGCUCAGGAGUGGGAAGAGGAAACCAUGUUCAUAAUCUCAUUUUAUUCAAGCCCUGCAUUUGUUUUAGUUCUGAAUGUCUGUUUCCUCCUCUGUAGCAAUGACCGUUUCAUUUGGUACUUGGUCCAUUCAGGGACUUAGUAUAACACAUGGAGCCCUAGAGCUGGAGGAUAUCAAUAGAUUAGAUUUUGUUUAUCUCUUCCACAAGCCCUAACCGUGGGUUUUACGAACAGCAGAUUCUAGGAGCCUUCCAUGCUCAAGCAGGCGCUCAUUCUUCUUCCUCCCUCCUUCCCCACCUCCCCGCACCAGCCCCCUUACUGACUUCCCUCCCAAAUGACACAGGAAGAGAAAACUGGUUUAGUAUUGGGUUUUGAUACAUCAAUGGUCUAAAAUUCUCUCUUGCAAUGGCUUGAAGUUAACUGCACAGAAUGCCACCAUGCCCAUAGAAGGCUGUUCUAACAAGGGAACUCAACCCAUUCUCUCCCUCCUGCCAUCUCUACUCUGUUCAAUGACAUGUCAUUUUAAUUUUUUAAAUCAGUUUAAUUUUGACUGUGUGCCCAACAUGAAGGCCUUUUUUGGAAAAAAAAAUAUAUAUAUAUAUAUUUUUGUUUUGCCUCCAAGUACUCCAUAUAAAAUGUCUUGAAUAGAAGAAAAAAACACUUUACCAAACCAAAGGUUGCUAUUUUUGAAACAUCAUAUGUUCAUUCCAGCAAGGUAGAAGACUGCACCUUCUUUCCAAUGACAUGUGUCAUUUUAAAAGUCCUCUUAAUUUUUACACCCAUCUUGGUUUGUGUUUGAAUAAAGUAUGCCUAACCAAUCAUCUCAUCUGCACCAAUGCUAAGGUUUCUGAGAGGACUAUUAUAUUCUCUAUCCCUGUGGAUAUAAAGACACUGGCAUUUCAUUUCUUUUCUCUUUCCUUUUUAAAGGAUUUAACUUUGGAAUCUUCCAAAGGAAGUUGGCCAAUGCCAGAUCCCCAGGAGUUUGGGGGUUUUUCUUUGGUUUAAACCAAAAUUGUACCUGAUUCAUAUUGUUCAUGUUAGUGAUCAUCUAAUCACAGAGACAAAACACUUUUCUCCCCUCUAUAGAAAAAUAAGCAUGCUCUACAAUAAAACCUGUCUUUUCUGGUAGAAACCUGAGCCACUGAAAAUAAAGAGACAACUAGAAGCACAGUAGAGUCCCAGAUUAAGGUCUUCCUUAGAGGCUUUGAAAGUAAUCCCUGGGGUUUGGAUUAUUUUCACAAGGAUUAUGGUGUUUAUUAUUAGAGUUUUUGCUCCGUUUUGCACCUCUGCAAUAAAAGCAAAAUGACAACCAGUACAUAAGGGGUUAGCUUGACAAAGUAGACUUCCUUGUGUUAAUUUUUAAGUUUUUUUCUUAUAUCUGUCUACAGGCAGAUACAGAUAGAUGUAUGAAAAUGUGCUUGCCUGUAAAAUUUGCAUUUAUAAGUGUGUUGCCGAUGGAUCACUUGGGCCUGUACACAUACCAAUUAGCGUGACCACUUCCAUCUUAAAUACGAAUCUAAAAAACAAAAUUUAUUAUAUAUAUAUAUAAAGGACUGUGGGUUGUAUACAAACUAUUGCAAACACUUGUGCAAAUCUGUCUUGAUAUAAAGGAAAAGCAAAAUCUGUAUAACAUUAUUACUACUUGAAUGCCUCUGUGACUGAAUUUUUUUUUUCAUUUUAAAUAUAAACCUUUUUUGUGAAAAGUAUGCUCAAUGUUUUUUUGCCCUUCCCCCAUUCCCUUGUAAAUACAUUUCGUUCUAUGUGACUUGGUUUGGAAAUAGUUAACUGGUACUGUAAUUUGCAUUAAAUAAAAAGUAGGUUAGCCUGGAAAUGAAAUUAAAAUUCACAAGUGUGUGGUCUUUAUUUCAGUACCCAUCCCUCUCUUCACCCUAUUUUGCCACUGCAGUAAGUAGUCACAUCACCAUCUUUAAUUAGGGAAACAUGAAUCUUUAUUAUAAAAAUCAAGGUAUGAACACCACAUCUCAUUGUUUCAAAUGACCUUACUCCACUGUAUUAGCCACAAGAAGUGCAGCUUCCAGCUUGGAAACCUUUGGAUUUGAUGUAGAGGAAUCUUUGUAGACACUGCUUUGAAAACAAAGGAAAUGUCCCUAAAAGGGACAGUUGUAAAAAUGUGUAAGAGCUGCUGUCUUCGAUUACUGUGUGUUCAUGGUUUGGUGUAGCUGUAUUUUCUUUAACUUUUAUCCUAUUAGUAAUGGUCUUUGGGGGUCUCUGUAAAAUAUAUGAACACCACAAACUGUUGGCUUUACCUCCCAGGUAACCAACAUGUUGUUUUUGAGUCUGCUCAUUGCUAAUACUGGAUAAUGUAUGUAAACAUGUUAUGUCUCUUAGUGCAAAAGAAACAUUUUUUAGGACUGGCAAACUGUCAGGCCUAAUCUAAAGACUAGCUAUAAGGUCAUGUGACUGCUGCUUCAAUAAAAACAAAUUUAUAUUCGAUAAA